AUGAGCGGUCAUAAAGAAUACUUAGAAGAUAUUCAUGCAAAUGUUUUUUAAUUAGGUGUCCUUGAUGAAUCAAACCUAUUUGUUCCAAUUUUUAAUGGAGUUGUUAAUACUCUUUACUAUUUUAUAGUUACGCCUAUUUUAAUUCCUUAUAUUGUUAGAUGCAUGAAUGGAGAUUACGAAAAUUUAAACAAUUUUGAAGUCUUUUUAGCAGUUUUUGAAGCAUAAGAAUCUCAGAAUCAUCGUGAAUCAUAUAAAGAGGAUGAAGUAUACUUAUUCAAUAGUAAAUCAUCAUUAGAAGAAGUACCUAAUGAUAGUUUAAGUAUUGAAAUGACCUAAAACAAUCAAAUAGCAAACUAAAUUAGCUUUAAUAGCAGAUUUAUUAUAAGAUUAAAUCUUUAUUCAUUAGCUUAUUUAUCUCACAUGUUCUUUGGGAUAAUAGCAUCCGACUUCAGAGAUAUUUUGGACCCUUAUGAUCACCAAGAAGAUUUUUACAUUCCAAACUAUUUGUUCACAACAACUUAUGCUAUAUUCUCCUUUAUUGUUAUUUCAAUCAACUCCUAUAUUUACAGUAAAAAAGAAAUAUUAAAUAAUGAAAAAAAUAAUAAAAUAUUUUAAUCCUGCAAAUGA